GAGAUGCGGUAGCUUCCAUUUUUGAAACCAUAGCAAAAACAACAGAAGCAAAUACGCUCUUUCUCUUUCUCUCUCUCUUGCUCAUCGAGCUUCAUUUUCCGGCGGAUCACAUUCGGAAUCUUCACUAUCUUCGUUGCGGAAUCAGAAGAGAUCAAAAGAUGUUUGAUGGUCUCUUAGGCCGCGGGUUUGCUCCCAAAGGAAAACCACUGAUAAAACUGACUAAGAAUCGGAUCGAUGUUCUUCGGAGGAAGAGAACUGCGACGAUCAAGUUUCUGAAGAAAGAUUUGGCUGAUCUGAUCUCUAAUGGCCUUGACGUCAAUGCUUAUAGCAGGGCUGGAGGGCUUCUUGAUGAAUUAAGACAUCUCUGGAAUCUCGACUUUGUUGAGAAGACCUGCGAUUACGUAUACAAGCAACUCUCUACGAUGCAAAAGAUGGAGGAAUGUCCAGAAGAUUGUCGUGAAGCUGUGUCGUCGUUAAUGUUUGCAGCCUCUGGAUUUUCUGAGUUGCCUGAGCUGCGUGAGCUGAGGCAAAUGUUUCACGACAGAUACACAGAUUCACUUGGAUUGUUUGUCAACCAAGAGCUUGUUGAGAAUAUGUCAUCAAAGCCCUUUUCUUUGGAGAAGAAAGUGAAGUUAAUGGAAGAUGUUGCAUCGGAGUUCUCUCUUCGUUGGGAUUCUAAAGCUUUUGAGAAGAGGAUUGUGAGACAUAAUAGUACUUCAGUAAAGGAGACCCCAAAAAUCACUUACAACGAGUACAAGCCUGUAGAUGGAAACAUGGCCUUGCCAUCAGAAAGAAAAAAGGCUACCGCAUCAGAAAGAAGAGAUCCAUUGUUUCAACCUGAUAAUUAUCAGAACGGUAUCAGAGGAAAUCAGCAUGGGCUAACAACUAAAGAGAAGCCAGAUAAUGUUUGUCAAGCCUCCAGAUUGGAAAGCAAGGACAAUAGGGCAGAGAGGAAAGAGUACUAUGUGCAACCUAAGCAAGAGUCUUCUAUAGAAAGACAUGAACCUAUAUUUAACGAAGGCGACACUAUAGUAAUGAAGGUCAAGCGUGAAAAUCAGAAUGGGCUAACAUCUAAAGAAAAGUCAGAUAAUGUUCGUCACGCCUCCAGAUCGGAUAGCAAGGACAACAAGGCAGAAAGGAAACAGUUUUAUUUGCAAUCCAAGCAAGAAUCUUCUAGAGAAAGACAUGAACCUAUUUUCAACGAAGGUGACACUAUAGUGAUGAAGAUCAAGCGUGAGAAUCUCGUUCAAGGGAAUGGACAAGGAAAUGGUGAAGCUGAUGCGCCUAAGAAAACAGAGGCGACAGAGAAACCCAAGCCUAGCAGCACCAAAAGAGCUGACAAGUUAGUCCUCGGCUUUAAACAAGAGAGUUUCUUUAAAGGAUACAAACAUGAGAAUCAUGAAGAGCAUACACCUCAGAAAGUGGAAGAUAACAUCUCAAGACCUCCAAAACCAAGUAGUAAAUCGAAAAGAACAGAAUCUAUUGAUUCAGGUCGUAGACACCGCAAUAAUCAGGAGAGCAGAGAAAAUGCUGUUCCUGUGGAAGAGAGCACAGAAAAAGACUCAUCUGGUGAUAACAUCAAGGGUGGUGAAAAAGAAUAUGAUCAUGCAAAUACAACAAGGAAAAUUGAGGAGCGAGAAACAGAGAGAAUGAAAUCAUCCUUCUAUCAAUCCCUUCCACCUCCGUAUGUUAAACCAAGCGGUAAAGCAAAGAAUGAAAAAGCUGAAGAUAAGAAGGUUGCUGGGAUAGAGAGAGGAAAUGAAGCAGGUCAUCAUCAAGUGAAUGAGAUAGAUAGUCAAUCUCUGAAACGAAGAUCCAGUAGAAGAAAACACAUUCUACAAUCGGUUGGCGAUAAUGAUGACACAAGAAGCAGAAGAAGGGAAAGCUCAAGAAAAGGCCUUCAAGUCCUAAUCGACGACGAUGACAAGGACAGCGAGGAAAAGAUGAUGGACAAACUUCUAAUGCAUUACAGUAAAAAACCUUCAAGUUACGAAGAGAACAAUGUGCAUCAAGAAUCGAAAAGCAGGCGUUCACAUAAAAAAAAUGCCGAAUGUGAAGAGAUGAUGAUGAGUCACCAGCCUGCUCGGUCACGUUCUCUACCCAGUGAACAGUUUGCCGGGCCAUCUGAACCGACAAAAACGUUUGCCCGUGCUUCCUCAUUUCAGCCCGAGCGUGAAGCUAAGCACGUUCAUCCAAAGUUACCGAACUAUGAUGAUUUGGCUGCCAGAUUUGCAGAGCUAAAAGGAAGGUAAAUAGUUGAAAAGUUUAUGCCUAGAAACAUUGUAUGAGAUAUAAUAUUCAUAGUUACACAUUUUUCUCUUCUUCAUAGUUUCUUCCUUUGUCCCAAUAUUGUAUUGCAUUGCUUACAACUCUAAAUCGGAGAGAGAAGGCACAAUGAAAUUGGAGAGGUUUAAAAUUA